AUGUCAGAUGACAAUAAGACACCUAAUAGGUCGAGCACUCCAAAGUUUAAUAACAAUCCAGUAACACCGAAUGAUAAAAUUCCUGAAACAGCAAAAAAAUCCAAUGAAAUCAGAACACCUAGAAUCCCGUUAUUCACGUUUGCCAAAGGCAAAAAUCAUUCAAGGCCGUCAACCACAACUCAUAACUCACCUAACCAAUCAACUGAUGUAAAACAGGUUUUUCAUAAACAGUUGCAACAACCAAAAUCCUCGCCACUGAAAAGAAAUAACUCUAAUUCUUUUUCUCACUCAAAUCUGGAAAAAAUAAGCAACGGCAAACUACUCUCCCUUCUUCGAUCCAAAACGUCAGCGGGAAGAAUUGAAUCGAAGAAUCCUUCACACGAUGCUAGCAGGUCUCUAGCAACCUUCGAACAAACAACAUUUCCUCUACAUGCGGAGCAACAAACUUUUAGCUUGAAUACAAAGCCUGAACAUACCAUAAUACCGAUAUCAAAAUCACAAAACAAUAACUCAUUUUUAUCUGGAGUAAAAAGCUUACUAAGUGAAGGGAAAACGAAGGAUCAUCCUAAAGAGAUUCUCAGCAUAAGCUUGGUAAACACACAAUCCGUUCUUGAAAAGUCAUUAAAAAAAGAAGCAGUAAACAUCGACGCCGGUGUGGUUUCUGUGACCAAGAACAAAAUUAUCAAGGAGGAUGAUGUAGAAGGAAAGGAGAAAAAGCUGAAUGUAAGCGAAAAUUCUGCCCGUUCCGAUGCACUACCAGCUCCAAAAGCUAGUGCCAGUGAUGCAUCUCUGUCACCCAAAGAGAGCAAAACAAGGAGCCCUGAAAAUACGAAAGCGAAUACUUCACCCAAAGAAGUUUAUAGAAUAAACCAAGAAUCUACUAAUAAGGGCUUGGAAAUAAAUCGAGAAAAACUAGAAAAACUAGAAAAAAGUAGGGCAAACAGUACGGUCCCAUCGGCUUUAUAUGCUAAUGAGACAUCAAUCACAGCAGAAACUCAAACACCAAAGAAAACCUGUCCAUCUUCAAAGAAAUUCGCCAUUGAUCAAGAUAAAACAGCAUUGUUCUGUGAAAAGACAUUGGCAUCUUCCAAGUACCAGCCUAUAACAGCUGAGCAAGAAAUGAAAGAAGAUGCCAACCUUAAGAGGAUGGAAGUCUUAAAGUCGCCUCAUUUGUCGAAAAAUCCAACUAAAAAACCUCAGGAGUCCAAAAUCAGCCAAGAUUUGUCAACUAGAGACGAAGAAACCGGCAAGCUUGUUUCUCUUGCUGGAUACGAAGGCAGAAAAAGCAACUAUAGUCCUAGCUCUGGAAGUACAGAAAAAAUAUAUGAUAUGAACACUCCUACAAAUAAAAAAAAUGGUGAAAACAAGGAAACUAAAAAGAAGUCACUCGAAAUCAAGAGCACUAAAGCUCACAUAAUUAAAGCAGCUGAAGAAAUCACCAAACAUAUAGUACCUGAUGCACGAAUAAAUAGUAGAAAAGUCCUUCAAAACGUACAGGGGGAAUCCCAAAUUGGUUUGACGAAUAAAACCUCGAAUGUUAUGCCAUCAAAGAGACCAUGGCUAGAAGACGUACUAAUUCCGACGAAAAAGCGCAAGCAUAGUGAAGAAUCAACUUCAAAUACCACAAAUCGUACAAUAAACACCCAAAACCGGCUAGAGCCCGAGAAGAUUGUCCAAGAUAUCUCGAAUACAAAAGAAUCGACCAACGAGAUUAAUAUCGCUACUCAAAGGUUAAAUAAACCGCAGAGCAGUACUGUCGCUUCCACACAAAUAGUUACACAGAAAAAUGAUACGGAAAAGGGAACUAAUGACUUUUUUCAGGUUGAAUCCGCUUCAGUCGAAUCUCCAAAAAUUGACCGAGAGCAUGAUAAUUCGAAAGAUGUACCAGUUUCCAAGGCUGUUGAAAGCAAAUCUUUAUUAAAUUUAUUCUCAAACGUAUUCAAGACUCCUUUCAUCAAAAGUGAAAACAAACCUUCUCCUAGUAGUGUUCUGCUGGAAGAAAAGACUAAUGUUUUAAAAAGCAUCGCUCGCACCGAAGGGCCAGGAAAUAAGGCUGAUAACAGGUCUUUAUCUCAACCAGUUAGUGGAAGUAAGCCUGACUAUAACGAUGAUUUUCAAAUUUCUCUAUCCCAGCCCUCGAAGAAAUCUUUCACGAAUUCUCCAAAGGAUAAGCAGAUCAAAGAAGAGAAGCACUACCGUGGGAGAAUGGAUACAAUAAUAACUCACCCAGGAAAAAUGGAACUUAUUUACGUGUCUGACUCAGACAAUACAUCUUCAGAUAAUAAUAGUCUAACUGACCUGGAAAGUUUAAGUUCUGGUGAAUCAAAUGAAAUCAAGGUAACAAAUGAUUUCGACACAAGCGCCGAAAAGAACCAAAUUCAAGCAAAUAAAUGGUUUGACCCUGUAUUGGACUGGCGAAAAUCGGACCGUGAAUUAACCAAGAACAUUCUUUGGAGGCUAGCUGACAAGACAACGUACGAUAAAGAAACAAUCAAUGACCUUAUUGAACAAGGGAUCCCAAGACACAGCUAUCUAAGUGAUAAUCCCUUGACUAGUGUUACUAAUGACAUCUGCUCUGUUGAAAACUAUGAAACGUCAAAUGCUUUCUUUUACCAGCAAGUGCACAAGAAGGACAGGUUACAAUACUUGCCAUUAUAUGGAGUUCCUUCAUUGGAAGAAUCGAAUAACACUGACAAAAAUGAUUUGACGAAUAAAAAUAUCAGUUCAGGGAAAAAAAGUCAACAAAAUUCUACAUCCACUAAAUCAUCCCAAAAAUCAACCACAUCAUCUCCAUUAGACUUUGAAGAAACAAAGCAAAGUACCACACCUACUGCUAAAAACAAUAGUGGGGUACCCCGUAGUGAUACUAAUUAUAGCAAACUCAAAAACACGAAGGAGAACCUUUCGAAAGGCUCUUGGAGACAAGAAUGGCUUGCAAAUUUGAAACUUAUUUCCGUUUCGCUGAUUGAUGAGUUCCCUUCGCAGCCUUCUAAUAGCGAGAGACAAAAAAUUAAUGAAAAAAUGCAAUUACUCAAAGAUAUAUUUGCUUACAAGUUUAAUUCAGCCAUUUCCAAUAAUUUUAGAGAAAGUGACAUUAUCAUACUGAAAGGUGAAAUAGAGGAUUAUCCAAUGAGUUCUGAGAUCAAGAUUUAUUAUGACGAAACACAGAACAAGCCUGGUACAAAAAAGGCCAGAUUUUGGUCAUUUAUGAAGACUCAGAGAUUUAUUUCCAACAUGGGAUUUGAUAUUCACAAGUCGCGGGAACCUGUUUCUAAACCUACGGGGGUCAAACCACAUGAAAUCGAGCCAGAGAGUGUGAUAGAUGUCAAAGUUAUACCAGAAAAUAAAAUACCACAAACGAUGGAAAAACCGGCAAUGAUCAAUAAAGUAAACGGUUCUACCUCGCCAGAUGUAAAGUCUUUAGUGGGGCAGAACACCAUGAAAACAAAAAAGCUGCCAGAAAAGAAGCAAUUCAUCAAUACUUUCAAUUGUAAGAAAGGAGAAAUAGUUUCUAGUAAUGAUAAGAUGGCAUCAAAAAGCGCUUCACUAUCUUUUUCAAAACGCCCAUCUUAUGGCCAUCUCCCUGUUGACAAAAUAGUUCCAACUGUUAAAGUUCGCGGAGCCACUUCGAUCGACGAUAUCACAGACAGUAAUACAACAGAUAUUUUAAGCAGUGUUGAUGUUUUAGGCAGACAAUCACAAUCUAAUACGCAACUAUCAAAGAUAUACAUACCAACCCAAGAAACAGAGCAUGAAAUUGAUAAUAAGGAUAGUGACACCGAAUAUUCAGAGGGCAUGCAAGAAGACGGUCUUUCCUUUGCAGAUAUUGUUUUGUCGAAAACAGCAUCGGUGCUGGAUGAAAAGGAAAAACAAUUGGCUGUUGCAAAUGACAUUAUCCGAUCUCUGUCGGAUGACGUUAUGAGGAAUGAAAUCAGAAUAACUUCACUUCGAGGAGAUUUAACUUUCACGAAGAAGUGCCUUGAGAACGCUAGAAGCCAAAUAUCUGAGAAAGAUGCCAGGAUCAAUAAAUUAAUGCAAAGAAUUUUUAAGAAAAGAAGGAGAUAA